UCGAGCGUGAUGGAUUUGGAACCCUGGGAAGCACUUGACGUGGAUGACACCAAUCUCUCCGCCUUCCUCCGCCCUUGCAACUCUAAUUCCGAUUCCUCUUCCCUCAUUCCCGGUCCUGCCGGCGCCGUCCAGGCCGUGAUGAGGAACCGGCGCCACCAUGACCCCCUCUCCACUCAAGAAUUUCUAAAGCGAGUUGAGCGCCAAAGUGACCGCGAUUUCAACACCAAUCCCUGGCUCUGUGCCCUCCAAUUCGUGCACUUGCAGGGUGGUGAUGAUGACGUGGCACACGGCACUCCGUUGAGCUCAAUCCAGAACAACGCCGAGACUGAGAGAGUACCGUUGAUCGUGGCCCUUGUCAAAUCCUCCACUCCCAAUGGUUUCGGAGACAUCACGGUUAACCUCAAGGAUCCUACAGCCACUCUUACUGCCACUGUCCAUCGCAAAGUUUUUUCACAUCCAGAUCUUAGGAAGGAAAUUUUAACUGUUGGUUCAGUUUUAAUUCUCCAAAAGGUUGCUGUGUUCUCUCCCAAUCGCAAUACCCGUUAUCUCAACAUAACAUUGCACAACAUUGUCAAGGUAUUUCCCAAGGACAGUGGACCUCCAUCACAACAACUAACAUAUCCUGCAUGCCCAGUGAUACGCACUACACCUAGUAUGGAAAGACAUGAAAGGUUAUUGACACCAGGCAGUACAUUCUCUCUGCCACUGGAAAGAACCGAAGGAAUCAUGUCUAAUCUCAGGUUUGAUUCAAGCUUUAGACAAGUAGCAGAUAGUGACAGGCAGAGGAGUGAAGUUUUGGCUUCAACGAGCUUUCGCAGUGAUAAUGGAAACGAUCAAAACCGAGAAACUGUUUCAGAAGGAGAGAACUUAUCAUUGAGUCUGGAUAAUGCUGGACCUGUGAAAGUAAACUGUGGUGGUGAGCUUGAAAGUGAGGUGGAAGAUCAACCCAACCCCCCUAAAUUGGAUGAAGGAGGAGACAUUCUAGCACGGAUUGCUCAAGGCAAUAGUUCUGCAACAAACUCAAUUCCUACAUCUCAUGGUGAAAAAACUGGGAUGGAGAAUCACUUUGAAAGACAGACGCAGAUGGUAAAUAAAAAAUGUUCGUUCCCACAUUGGACAGAGGAACAGCUGGAUGAGCUUUUAGCAUUUGAUUGAUAUGACAAUUUCGAUUAGUCAAAGCAAAGCAUAAGUCAAGAGGAUGCUGAUAUAUGCUUGGUUUUCAUACACUUUGAUGGUGCAGAUUUUUGCAUUUUAAAGGUACAUGCGUUUAGUAAAUAUUUGCAGGAAUACAUUCAUGGUUAAGAACUGGCUCCUCUCUAAUGCCAUGAUAGGAAUGUUACUGGCUUUUGAUUUUUUUUGCCUGCCAAUGUUAGACUUUUUCGCAUCUACCGCAACCAAACUUUAUUUCCCCAAAUACCAUAUCUCCUCCAUUAUUUCCCAAUCUACCACUUUAUUUGUGUA